CCAAGUUCGCCAUUUUUGGGGUAUCAAGUUUGAAAGCCUCCGUUCAAUCAGAGGGACAUUAGCUUUUGCUGGACGUCGUACAUAGUCCCGCCAUCAUCACGAACGACCACGACAUUAUACAUUUCGCCCUCCUCGCCAGCGAGGAACCCCAAUUCUCUUCCCUGUCUUUGCCUCAGUUAAUCUUUUUGCAUUUGCCAUGGCCUUCAACCAAGUAACAGCAACGAAUCUGACGCCUUCUCGACCUGCACCCCAAGCACCUGUUCGAAGAGGACCAGAGGGCCCAAUAUUUUCUCAUAAUGCUCUGCAAAGUUCAGGCUACAACGCAAACUUUUCCUCUGGCUCGUCAUACUCGACUGAUUACACUGGGAUAGGCGGAUCGCCCAAUCGCAACUCUCAGGCAGUGCUCAACACUCAUGUCGUAAGAACUGGGAUGGUUAGCAUGAAAGAGGAGGGAUUUGCAAGUUUUAUAUUUCUCCGAAAAUGGCUCGUGUUGAAGGAACAGACGCUUUCCAUACACAAAACCGAGACAUCACCACAGCAGAGCGUCAUCCCUCUCAAGGAUAUCACGAAUAUCGAACGUGUCGAUCUCAAGCCUUAUUGUCUACUCCUCGAGACCAAGGACAAACGAUAUCACCUCGCCCUCAAAAAUGACGAAGAGCUUUAUGGAUGGCAAGACGAUGUAUACUCUCGUAGCCCCUUGAUGGGCUUUAGCAACCCGACCAACUUUGUGCACAAGGUCCACGUUGGAUUUGACCCCGUAUCAGGUGCUUUCACUGGAAUGCCCGAACAAUGGAGCAAGCUACUUACAAAGUCUGCAAUCACUCGUGAAGAUUACGCUAAAGAUCCUCAAGCCGUCCUCGACGUACUCGAAUUUUACACUGAUCACCAGAAGCGCGAGUUGGAGGAAAUGGGUAUGGGUUCGAUGUCACGAUCCGCCUCUGCGACAUCUGCAGCAUCCACCCUUGUCGGCUCCACCAUGACAAGUAGUACUCUUUCACCAUAUGGUGUAGAUGCGCCUGCACGAUUUGGCGGCACAGGUCUCGGCGGAUCUAAUCUCCCCAAGAUCACAUCCCCGCUCGACACAGCACGCAAGCGGCAGGAUUCCGCUCCAGCAGAGACGGGAACCAACGGGCUCUCAACAACUGCCCUAGCCGCUGCCCGUGCCGCUGAGCUCGUGAAUGGCUCACAUGCCCAGCACGCAAACACCAUUUCCCCCGCCUCCCCCGCCGCACCUUCGCGACCCGCAAUUCCUCCAAUGUUGCAAGCUUCAACCUCCCUGCAGGCCUCGCGACCCGCCCCUCCGCGACCCUUGUUGACAGCCACACGACCCCCACCUGCCGUUCCCAAGCCCCCUGUACCUGACCACACACCGUCAACCGCCGAUCUCCGUGCGCGAGCACAGGCCCGUGAGCAAGGGGCUGGGAAACCUUCACUGGAUCAAGGCCCAAGGCGAAAUGAGGGCACGGAUACUAUCGGGCAGCAAGAGCGAGAGCGGAAGGAACGGGAGCAACGGGAAAGAGAACGUCAGCGGCGCGAAGAGCGUGAACGUGAGCGACAGAAAUUGAAGGAGCAGCAGGCUGCUGCUGCUGCCGCCGCCGAUCGACCUCCCUUGGUGCCUUCCAAGUCUGCCCCAGCUACUUCUGAGCCUGCGACUGAGCCUGUGGCAGGACCUACCGGAGCCAUUGCUGGUCCUCCACCUGUAAAGCCCUUGCAGACGAUGAAAAAGAAGGAGCUACCGGCACCGGAUGUUACUGUCACUGCACCCGAGGGCGAGGAUCCAGCUAUUGCUGCUGCUGCAGAGGCGCUGCAGAAGAAACCCAAGGAGAAGGAGAAGCGGAUCAGCACGAUGACCGAGGCGCAGAUCAUGGAGAAGCUCCGGAGUGUUGUGUGUGAUGAUGAUCCGAAGACCUUGUACAGCAAGAUUAAGAAAGUCGGGCAGGGCGCUUCUGGACAUGUGUAUGUUGCGAAAACGCUUGCCACAAACAAGAAGGUUGCGAUCAAAGAAAUGGACCUCUCACACCAGCCACGCAAGGAACUCAUCGUGAACGAAAUUCUCGUUAUGAAGGAAUCCCAACACCCCAACAUUGUCAACUUCCUUGAAUCGUACCUCGUGAAGAACAAUGAACUCUGGGUCGUCAUGGAGUACAUGGAGGGCGGUGCCCUCACGGACAUCAUAGAAAACAAUACACUGGAAGAGGAUCAGAUUUCGAGCAUAAGUUUGGAAACAUGCAAGGGUCUGUGUCAUUUACACAGCCAAUCCAUCAUUCACCGCGAUAUCAAAUCCGAUAAUGUCCUUCUUGAUGCGCAGGGCCGCGUUAAAAUUACCGACUUCGGUUUCUGUGCCAAACUUACCGAUCAGAAGUCCAAGCGUGCGACAAUGGUUGGUACUCCAUAUUGGAUGGCACCGGAGGUCGUGAAACAGAAGGAAUACGGUGCCAAAGUUGACAUCUGGUCGCUCGGCAUCAUGGCAAUUGAGAUGAUCGAGAACGAGCCUCCUUACCUUGAUGAGGAACCAUUAAAGGCACUAUACCUGAUUGCGACGAACGGGACGCCAACGCUGAAGAAGCCUGAGGCGCUCAGCAAGGAACUGAAGAACUUCUUGAGCGUAUGCCUGUGUGUCGAUGUCAAAAGUCGCGCCAAUUCGAGUGAGCUCCUACAGCACGAGUUCUUGAAGAAGGCUUGCGCGCCAUCUGGUCUUGCCCCUCUCCUAAGAUUCAAGACCAAACCAUCAUCAUGAAAUUUCGUGCUGUCAGUGUCAGUCUCGUCAGGGUUCUGGACUUACUCAGCUUGAUACG